AUGUUUCAAUCGGCCAUUGCCAUAGAUGAUUUGACGUUUGGAAGUUGGUCGAUGGGAAGACCACGGAGCGGAAGGAGAAAUAGGUCGCGUCAUGCAGGUUGCAGGAGAUGCUGCAGCAAAGAAUGCUGCGGCAGUUGCUGUCGAUACCUUUAUAACCCGAAGCAGCAUACCUUCUGCACGAGAACCUGCGGCAGCUGGUGUAAAAUUUUGACUUAUUAUAUAGGCUUUAUAAUCUGCAUCACCGCGAUCUUCCUGCUCAUGAUCUACCUGGAAACGGAUUCCAAAGGAGAAAUGAUUAAUCCAAACGUCUUCAAGAUCAAACUUCUCGACGUCGGAAUUCCAGGUGGCUCCCUUUUGCCGUCCUCCGCUAACAAUUUAUCGCUGCCACUGAUCUGGUUAACUAAGAGCAGCAAAGGACCGAGCUCGAACACGUACAUACACAAGAUACAGACAUUUUUGAAAACGCAAAACGAGAAAUGCAAGGAGCUGGAGAAGACCGGAAUGAGGAAAUGCCCUUUCAACCUAACGGAACUCGGACCGUGCGCCGAGCCGCAAUUCGGUUAUGAUAACAAGAAACCCUGCAUAUACCUCAAGCUGAACAGGUUGUUGUCUUGGACGCCCACCGCGUACACGAAAAGCGAUCUGAACAAAUUGGAGGAGAAGUAUAGGCGUAAGGUUGACAUCAGCAGAUCUGUGAUUUGGGUGCAUUGCGAAGGUGAAAGCACCUACGACGAAGAGCAUCUGGGCACUAUCAAGUACCAUCCGGAAGCCGCUUUUCACGAAAAGUACUUUCCCUUCGAGCAGGCCGUCUCCUUGAAUCCGGUCAUCGCCAUUCAAUUGGGAAACGUCCAAUCCGGAUACAUCUUGCACAUCAGAUGCACCCUGUUUUCCAAAAACUUUCCGUAUUCAGGUAACAGCGUGUUGAAGACGUUCGUCCUCGUCGAUUGAUAAUAUACCCUCAACUUAAUUUAAGCAAUCUUUAAUCCACUAAGUUCUCAAUUGUUAUUGGUUUUCGUUAUAUCGCAAGAGAAAAGAAAUAAAUAGAUCUCAGAAUACAAUAAAAUAUUUAA